AUCCUCACUCUCUGUUCUUCCACAGUCGUCUUCUCUCUUCUAACUCCCAUCAUGGCCGCGUUACGCAUUUUCUCUCUCCUCGUCCUCACUUUCUCUCUCCUCUCCGUAUCAGUCACCGUCGGCGGCCACAACAUCACCGACAUUCUCGCCGGCUCCUCGGAUUACUCUCAGUUCAACAGCUACCUCACCCAGACGAAGCUGGCGGAUGAGAUCAACAGCCGUACAACGAUCACCGUCCUCGUCCUCAACAAUGGAGCCAUGUCGGCGCUGGCCGGAAAACACCCUCUCUCCGUCAUCAAAAACGCCCUCAGUCUCCUCGUCCUCCUCGACUAUUACGAUCCUCAGAAGCUCCACCAGAUCUCCAAAGGUACAACUCUCACCACCACUCUCUACCAAACUACCGGAAAUGCCCCUGGAAACCUAGGCUUCGUCAACGUCACCGACCUCAAAGGCGGGAAAGUCGGAUUUGGCUCCGCGGCUUCAGGAUCCAAGCUCGACUCGUCCUACACCAAAUCAGUCAAGCAGAUCCCGUACAACAUCUCCGUCCUCGAGAUCGACGCGCCGAUCAUCGCUCCGGGGAUUUUGACGGCGCCUGCUCCAUCCGCCGCCGGAGUUAACAUCACGGGGUUGCUCGAGAAGGCCGGUUGCAAGACAUUCGCCAAUUUACUAGUAACGAGCGGUGUGAUCAAGACCUACGAGUCGACCGUCGACAAGGGUUUGACGGUUUUCGCACCGUCCGAUGAAGCCUUCAAGGCUGAUGGAGUUCCAGAUCUGAGCAAGCUCACGCAGGCUGAGGUGGUCUCGCUUCUAGAGUAUCACGCCCUCGCGGAAUACAAGCCCAAGGGUUCGUUGAAGACGAACAAAGACUCCAUCUCCACAUUGGCCACUAACGGAGCUGGAAAAUUCGAUCUCACGACUUCAACCUCCGGCGACGAGGUCGUCCUCCACACCGGCGUUGGCCCAUCUAGAGUCGCCGACACCGUACUCGACGCGACUCCGGUUGCGAUAUUCACGGUGGACAACGUCCUCCUCCCCACCGAGCUGUUCGGGAAGUCUCCAUCUCCGGCGCCGGCGCCUGAGCCAGUGAGCGCACCGGCACCGUCUCCGGCGAAGUCACCGAGUCCUUCUCCCGCCGAUGCUCCUUCACCUGUUGCCCCCUCACCGCCGGCUCCACCGAUGGACACGCCGGAGGGGGCUCCGGCGGAUGCUCCGGCGGAAUCUGAGAGCAGCAAGGCGAAAAAUGCGGCGGUUCACGUGAGCGCAAUCUGUUUGUUGAGACUGAGAUUAGAGUGA